CAACAGAGCAGCGUGCGCGUUACGUAGCCAUCUUGUGUAGAGCAAAGGAAGCGGAGCCGUUAGCUCGAGAUUUGCACUGACAGCGAACAGACUGACAAAACAAACCGUCACCGUGCUCCCGACAGACUGCGUUAACGCCAGCAACGGAGAGCAAACAUGCCUCACGACGCGUCAAGAUGUCUAUCCGAUGCGUUUCGCGAAUGAUUCGCGCUUUUGAAGACGGCGGAGCGCUUAAAACUGACGGCGCCUCAGAGUCGCGCGAGUCCAGCGACUGGAGAGUUUCAACUGCGAGAGCGGCUUGAGGAAAACUCUCGCUCCGGGACAUGGCCUCCGUUUAGGCCACGGAGAAUAAACACGCGGGGCUCGGGAGGAUUAAACGCAGCUGGAAUAGAGCUGUCGUUGCGUUUGGAGCUUCGGGAGUUUCAGUUAAAAGGAUAUUAAGGACUAAAAAUGGCGCGGUGAGGACGGAGCUCCGAGGGAGUCUUGCGUUAGCGUGACGCUAACUGAAAAUCAUAGGACAUAUUUUCAUAGACGUUGCGUUUGCUACGCUUUGCAUUGGAGCCGCGCGCUGCACUCUGACGUGCGGAGAUACGUCUAAAGCUGUCAAAAUGUCUAAAAUGCCAUCGAAAAAGAAGAGCUGUUUUCAGAUCACCAGCGUAACGCAGGCUGCGCAGGUGGCAGCCAACAGCAACACGGAUGACACAGAGAGUUUAGACGACCCCGACGAGCCCAGGACUGAGGACAUGUCCUCAUCCGAGAUAUACGACAUGUCCAAAGCUGGAGAUUUCGAGCCGGAGACGUGUGACGUCAGUUUAUCGGACGAAUCGCUACAUAACGAGGCCGAAACAUCUGGGACGAGUGCCCAAGACGCCCCUAUAGCGAACAUACCCGCUUCUCGCAACACAGGUGCGGUUCAUAUAAACCCACCUGUCCGUUCAGUCAGCGGGUCUGUAUCUUCCCAGUCUUCAGUCGCAUCUAACGCACCAUCCAGCAUCCAGACUUCAUCAGUCAGCAGUUCUGCCACAGUAAGCAGCUGCAGCUCCCGCUUCAGGGUCAUCAAACUAGACCAUGGCACAGGCGAGCCCUUCAAAAGAGGUAGGUGGACUUGCACAGAGUUUUACGAGCGAGACACGGACGCUUCCUCGUCCGGCCGGACUGCGGAUAGCGCUAAACAUGCAGGCGCCGCGGAUCACAGCACGGACAGAGAUGGACUAGGAGUCGUUGGAGGUUCGGCGGCUGUGCAUGUUGGGCCUUCAACAUCUGCGGCAGAACCCCAUACAGAUAGCGGCUACUCAUCUGCGCCAUCGAACCCGCCCGUGGAGCUUCAGCAGCAAACCCUAGGCAUCUCGCAGCAGAGUGCGCAUAUCAAAUCUCCAAGCAUGCCUUUGGCAACUCCACCGCAGCCAUUUUUUCCGAGCAAGCAGGUGCAGAAACCUGGGCAGAUUCUUCAGAGUGUUAUUCCACCGAAUCAGGCCCAGACGGUCUCGGUGGCUUCGCUUCCGCUCAUGACCCCGUUAAACCAGGGUCCGUCACCCGUCAUGACUCCCGCGGCACCAGGAAGCGCCGCUCACAUACUCGGAUUAGUUCCCCAGCCCAUGGACGGCAGAGGGCUUCCCAUCAGCCAGCCGGAGCAUGUUCAGGGGCUUUUACAGCAGUCGGGCAUCGGCACGGCUCUAGGGACCGUGUCGGCUGCAGCUGUUGUACAGCAGGCACCAGUGCCGCUCAUUCAGCCAGCGGUAACCGUGUCUGUCAGCCCCCUUGCCGGGGUCCCUGGUGUGCAAAAUGUGCCUGCUGUUAUGUCCAGUGCCUCUAAUGCCCCCCAGAGCAUGCCAAAACAGACGCCGCAGAAUCCGCCUCAGGGAGUUCACGGCGGGUCGCUCGGGGGACUGGGUGUGCAGACGACCCCCGUUAACUUUAGCCAGCUUCCCACCGGAGUCGCCCAGGCAGAGGAGAACCAGAGGAGGCCCGACGGGCUGCUCCAGAGCUCUGUAUUCUUAGGAAAAGAUGCCAUCAAAUCCCUGAAUCCCGAGGGCUUGCAGCUUCCCACACCUGCUGUCAACAGCCUGUUCGGAAUAGCCAUUCCCAUUGAUGGGGAUGAGGACAGGAACCCCUCCACGGCUUUCUAUCAAGCCUUCCCAAACGGCAGGUCAAAGGCCAUCAGUGAUGGUUCCUCCGGCGCCAGUGUUGUGGCAAUCGAUAACAAAAUAGAGCAAGCUAUGGAUCUUGUGAAAAGCCAUUUAAUGUACGCCGUGCGCGAGGAAGUGGAGGUCUUGAAGGAGCAGAUCAAGGAGCUCUACGAGAGGAACUCAGUUCUGGAGAGGGAAAACGCAGUAUUAAAAUCUCUGGCCAACACCGAGCAGCUGACCCAGCUCACCUCUCAGCUCAACCUCGGCAGCACUUCGCCCCAGCAGACGGCGGUCAACGCCAUCCUACAGGAAGGAAGCAAACUCGUGGCCUUGCCCCCGCAACCCAACGUGUCCACGGCGUGAGCUCCUGCCUUCUCUGGAUUCACUGGACUUGCGUAAAAACAACAAAACAUCCAAUCUGCAAAAGAGAUUUCGGGUUCCGGUCGUGUUUGCCUCUUGCGGAGAGCCAUGCUUCGUCACACGUGCUGCUCGGCUUUCCCUGUGUUAGACAAUCAUUUCGGGAGGAGAACGUUCGGCUCCGUGACGGGUUGCAGGCGGGUGCGAAAGAGCUCGGCAGGAAAGUGGAGGUUUAGCGCGAAGCUAAACGGCGACUUAGAUCGGUUUGGAAACGGAGAGCAACUUCCGUGGAAAGCUUGGGAGAGCCUACAGCAAGAGUCAUCUGUUUAGUUUUACUGUUUGCAUAUAUUUAUUAGAGGGCUGCUAUUUUCAUAAUGUAAAUGAACAAUGUAACAGAGAUCUAUCAUAUAUAUAUAUAUAUAUAUAUAUAUAUAUAUAUAUAUAUAUAUAUAUAUAUAUAUAUAUAUAAAUAAAUGUUCUUUUGGUUUCUGAAAUGUAAGAUACUUGUUUAACAAGGCAAUAAUGUCCCCAUGGCACAGUUCCAACACUAAAAGUGAUUCAACGACGUUGCUGAUGCAGUCCUGUAUAGUUGAGUUGGUUCGGGGUUGAAUGUACAUGUGUGUAUAGAUUGUAAAGUAUUAAAAUAUAGCCAGUUGUACAGGUGAGCAGCAGUUAUCAAGUAUUUUUUUUCUUUCGGAUUUACUCGCUAUACUUUCCCUAAGUACUUCAAUUCUGGUUUUUCCAAUUCAUUUUGUAUUCUCAAUUCGGGAUCGGGGGGGAAGAAGCUGUGAAUUAGUUCGUACAAUGUAUUUGUAACCAAAGAAGAAAAGCUGUGUACGUCUGUUUUGUAAACGCACAUUUUCUUGUUUGUUCGCUCGCGUUUAUUAUCUCGUUUUAAACUUCGUCACCUUUUUUUGUUUUUAAUUAGCAUGUGCUGCAUGAUCUAUCGGACUAUUUUCUUACCUCAUGUUCUUUUUUUUUUUUUUUUUAUUCGUCAUAAUUUAAGUAGUCUGUGAACGAUAUUUGAUUACGGACGGUGAAGGGUGAUUUUUUUUUUUUUGGAGAGAACCCAGUAACGUUAACAAAACCAAACGGAAACAAUUAGCCCUCUGUUUUCAUUUGCAUGGUGUUGUAAGACUUGACGUACAAACAAAUGUUUAUUACAUUGCUGAAAAUGUAUAUUUCCAGGUAUAGUUUACACUGAUAAACUUCAAGGAUCGAUAAAAUAACGUAAUUAAAUCAAAGCCGCAAAAGUGUUCACAGAUGUCGUUUAUGUAUAGGGCAUGUCCUCUGUUUUUAAUGUCUUUUGUGCCUCUUGUGCUAUGGAUGCAGCGAUCUGUUUUUUUUUUUGUUUUUUUUUUUUGUUUUUUUGCCCAGUUUGAGCCAAACAGAAAUAUUGUACAAUCACUGUACACCGGUCUGAACUUUUUAGGUUUGCUUGUUUUUCUUUUUUGUUGAAGGAAAUGUAGUAUACAAGCAAAAAUGUAUUGUACUUGAUCACUGAGCCUUUGAAAAUAUCUUAAAAAUACCCUUGUAAUGUGCUGUUUUUGAAAAGUUUAGUUUUCUGUCAGAAAUAAAUUACUGUUCCGUUGAGAACUAAACCUU